AACCCUUUCCAAAAUCUCACAACCAGAUUCAACAAAUUCCGCAGCUCACACAAUUCCUUUUUCACAUCUCCACUUUCCAUUCUCGCUCUCUCUCUCUCUCUCUCCAAACACAGCCAAGAUGAACGACCUGAUGACCAAAUCAUUCGUGAGCUACGUGGAUCUAAAGAAAGAAGCCAUGAAAGACCUCGAGGCCGGACCCGACCCGGAUAUCCAAAUGACGGCGGCAGCGAUCCACAUGGACAAGCACCUCGGGUCCUUCCUGGAUCAGGCAGAGAAGGUGAAGGAGCAGAUGGGUUCGAUCCGGGUCAUCCUGACCCGGCUUCAGGAAUCCAACGAGGAGUCCAAAACCCUCCACAAACCCGAAUCCGUGAAAGCCCUCCGCCACCGGAUCAACGCCGAUGUGUUGGCGGUGCUGAGGGCGGCGAGGGGGAUCGGUGCCGAGCUGCAGGAGAUGGAUCGGGCCAACGACGUGAGCAGGCGGGUGUCGGGCUGUAAAUCGGGUACUCCGGUGGACCGGACCCGGACCGCAGUGACAAACGGGCUGAGGAGGAAGCUAAAGGAGCUGAUGGUGGAGUUUCAAGGAUUGAGGAAGAGGAUGAUGGAUGAGUACAAGGAGACUGUUGGGAGGAGGUAUUUUACAGUUACUGGGGAGAAUCCGGAUGAGGAAGUGAUUGAGAAGAUUAUUUCUAGUGGGAAUGGGGUUGGUGGGGAGGACUUCCUCAAAAGGGCAAUUCAGGAGCAUGGGAGGGGAAAGGUACUGGAAACAGUGGUGGAGAUACAAGACAGGCACGACGCGGCCAAGGAGAUAGAGAAGAGCCUCUUGGAGCUCCACCAGGUGUUCCUCGACAUGGCGGUGAUGGUGGAGGCCCAGGGGGAGCAAAUGGACGACAUCGAGCACCACGUGAUCAAUGCUGCCCAGUACGUGACCGAUGGCACCAAGAACCUCAAGACUGCCAAGACGUACCAGAAGAGCAGCCGCCGGUGGAUGUGCAUCGCGCUGAUAAUCCUCCUCAUUCUCAUUCUUGUCGUGGUCGUCCCCAUUGCCACCAGCUUCAGAAACUCUUGAAUCUUCUGUUUUUUUUCACGUCGAAUUCGCAGAAGAAAAAAAAAUGGUUGCUCUCCAUUCUUGUAUUUUUUUUACCUGCCUUGGAUUCUUUUUUCCGUAUGAGCAUGUUGGUCCCUGGUUUGGGACUAAAAAUGUUGAGAGUUUUGUUAGUGUGGAAGUCCUUUCUGGAGGAGGAUUAUGAGAAUACAGAGCUCUGGUUUAUUUGCUUCUUCAAA